AUGUUUAAUGGACCUCCACCAUUACCGCUACCCUCAGCAAGUGAUACAAUUAAUGAUUGUGGCCUGACAGAUCUCGAUGAUAGUAGUCGACUAACAGCAGUUGAUGGUGAUGAUUUAUUUUUAGAAAGAAGUAAAAAUUUUCAACUGAUUCGCGUCGACUUGCCAGAUUUUCAAGAAGUUAUUGGUGAAUUAAAUACUGAUAGUAGCAUUUUUUCUGAUGAAGUUGUUCGAAAUUUUCCGAAAGGGCAGCAAAAUUCUGGUGAGAAAAAAUUAGUACGUACAAUGAAUAGCUCAAUAAAUAAUGAUAUUCCAGUUAAUUGCUCAAAAAAACAACUUAAAAUUGUGAUUGCAAGUUCCAGUGAGAAUGACCAACAAAAGGAAACCAAUAAAAACUAUAUAACAGAAGUAUCAAACUUGUGUGACAAUAAAGAAAUAUCGAGCAUGUCUGAUUGUUAUUUUACCAGUGAAGUUCGUAAAAUAUCAGAAAACAGUGAAAAUUCUAAUAAAAGUGAAGAAAAUAAAAUUAGUAAUUGGAGAGAUAAGUCAGAUGUUGAAGAGCAAAAGCGUAAGGAAUUAGAAGCUGUUCAAAUUGUUCAUACGGGAAAUUCAGUCUUGCAAACAUAUGCAAUUGAGCAAGUUGAAAGGAAUAGUGGAGAAUAUGUUGACGGCAGCGACGAAUUUGGCGAUUUUGAAACUUUCGGUGAUUUCGCAAGUUGUUCACAUGAAAACGGUAAUCAAGAAAAUGAAGAGAAAAUGAAUGAAGCCGUUGAAAGAGACUGGUUGAGAAAUGAAACGAAAACUGAGCUCAGAAAUGACUGGGUAGCAGAUUUCGAUAUGGAUUUUGAUAAUGAUAAGUCUUCAGUAAGAAAAGAAGGUACAGAUUUAAAUAAUUCUGCUCAGCGAUUGGGUACAGAUGAUUCAGAUUUGGAGUUGGAUCAUGAGGAUUUACCUGAACUUAGUAAAAUUUUGGGCAUAUCACUUUGGGAUGUUGAAGAAAAUAGUGAUGAGGAGAAUGAAAUAUCAUACAACUUAUCAGGCAUUGUAGAAAAUUUGGAUGCCAUUAAUCCAGCAGCAACUUCCAUAAGGUACUGGUUCAUAUUAAAUGGAAUUGCAAUUGGUAAAUCUCUGAAACAUUUUAUUUCACAUUUUAUCGCAUUUUCAGAAUUUCAUAGGUUAUUCAAUAUUGAAUUUCAGUAUCUGGCGAUUUCACGGAAUAUGAAUUUGCCAGCCUUUGCCCAACAGCUUGGUGAUCAAGAAGUUCUUCGUCCGAUGGUAGCUAUUGAUGCCUCGGAAAAACGUCUUAAUAAAGAUGACGGCUCACCUAAUUCCAGAUCACCCGAAUUACGACAACGAUUUUCAACUUCUGUGGUAGUUGAUUCUUUAGCUGUGCCUCCAGCUCAGUUUGAUUGGGGUGAUUCUGGAUUAACGAAUCCAUUAACAUCUAGUUCGAUUUCGGCAACAUCGACGUUUCUGGAUUUAGAUUUUUUGGGAAACGUGAAUUCAACGACUCCAUCUUCCGAUUGCAUUUCAUCUGCUUUACAAAAAGAUCUGGCUGUUUUUGGGCUUGGUUCAUAUAUAUCAGAUAAUUCAUCAGUGGAAAUUUCGACUCGGCCAGAUGGAGAUGAUGCAAAAAAACCAAAUAUACUCGAGGAAUUGAUGAGGCAAAGUAAUACUGAGCGCCGAUAUACCUCACCAAAUGAACUUUCACUGGAUGCUAGAGCAUUGCAUGAUCAGCUGCCUGAUUUGGAUUACAUGUUGGCUGAUGUUCUUUUAUUUCCACUGAUUAAUCGAUGA